CAAACACACCGAAGCCUGCUGUUAUAAAUCCCACGACCGUGGUAAAACGACUGAUGUUCGAACUGAAAUAGACAUAGCGUGUGAAACGAACACGUUUAGCCAUCCCAACCCGCUAUAUAUGCCACCACGGUUUGCUACUAAAUCAUUCGAUUCAACUUGAAACAGUUCAACUCGAAAACUUGAAAGAUGAAAGUCUUCAUUCUCGCACUCUUGGUAGCAGCAGCUGUCGCUGACGAUGACAAAAUCAUCGGAGGGCAACUCACCAGCCCCGGUGACUUGCCAUACAUCGUCAACUUGAAGAGAUUUGGAAGCCUUAUGUGCGGAGGAAGCAUCCUCAGCGCUAACUGGGCCAUGUCCGCCGCUCACUGCAACGCCGCCGCCGCUUCCCUUACUGUUACUGCUGGAGACUACAGCCUUUCCAACAAUGACGGUACCGAGCAAGCAUCCAGUGUUGUAAGGACCGUACCCCACCCACAGUACAACAGUAACACCAUGGAAAACGACAUCAUGUUGCUUCAACUCUCAAGCAGCAUCAGCCAGAACUCCCACGUUACAUUCGCCACCCUCCCAGCCGCAUUCAACGACCCAGCCGUAGGAACUGUCUGCAAAGUAUCUGGAUGGGGAAACACCCAGAUUGUUGGAUCCAACUACCCCGACAAGCCAUACAGUGUACAAGUACCAAUCAUCUCCAACUCUGACUGCAACAACGCAUACGGUGGAGGGAUCUAUGAUGGUAUGAUGUGCCUUGGAUUGUUGGGAACUGGAGGAAAAGACUCUUGCCAAGGUGAUUCCGGCGGCCCAGUCGUUUGCAACGGUGCUGUUCACGGUGUCGUAUCUUGGGGCAUUGGAUGCGCCUACCCAGACUACCCAGGUGUUUACACCAGAGUGUCUCACUACAUCAGCUUCAUCAACUCCUACGUUUAAAUGGAACCAAACAUUUAACGCGGAUUUCGCAAUGAAAUAAACACUGAUGAAAUA